UUUCAGAUUGGACCAGCAAUAAUGCGUGCUCAGUUCAAAAGUAUAUUUGGAAAUGGAAUAUUCGUAUGUGGCAUUAUACCGGAAGGACCAGUUCGAGUGAGAUUGAUACGACAAUUUUACACUCCUUCUCGAUUUGCACGCAUAAGUGAUUAUGUUUAUUUUUUUCUUGAAAGUAAUGUGUUUGAGCGGGACAUUCGAAUAUGGAAUUACAAAAUGUAUUUGAAGAAUCCAGUUUACGUAUCAGACGACAGAGAAAUUGCCAAAUAUAGACGAUGGUACUCUCAGUUUUACAGUGAAAACAGCCCCAGGAUUGAAGAAAAUGAUCUUAGUUGGUGAUUAGAAGCAAUGUUAUACUUUAAAGAUCUUCUGACCGAAAUUACAUAUAUUUUUUAAAUUUUGGCUUUUUAUUAUCAUAAUUGAUUUUGAAUUGUAAUUCGUGUUUUUGC